GUCAUGCGUCAGAAACUCGCCCCGCAUUGAUUUCUUCUUUUUUUUUUUCCUUCCCGGCGCGUGGACCCACCUGCUGGGUGGUGAUCCCGCUCAGAGGAUCCUUCUGUGGACUAACAGAGCAGAGCGCGAGGGCAGGGAGCGGGAGGAGGAUUUCUGUCCGCGCGGUUCCACCUGGAGGAGGGAAGCAGCACCGUUCCURGUCUCUUUUUCUCUUCUCCUGGACCCAGAUGUGUCCACAUGAGAGCCCCGUGGCUGGAUUGUAGCAGAUGGUUUAAACGGGCGUGAAGGUGCGGGACGGGAGAGGGACAAUUACAGGAUGAGUGAGCGGUACGUCCAGAUCAGAAGCAAAGGGGCUCUAUUUGUUAUGGUGCUUGUGAUCUGUGUCCUGGAGCUGUCGGUCCCUACAGAAGGAAGGACAGCACUGCACCAUGUGCGAACGGGCACCUGCGAGGUGGUGGCACUGCACCGCUGCUGUAACAAGAACAAAAUCGAGGAGCGGUCACAAACCGUGAAGUGCUCCUGCUUUCCGGGACAAGUGGCCGGGACCACCAGAGCCGCCCCGUCGUGUGUAGAUGCCUCGAUAGUGGAGCAGAAGUGGUGGUGCCAGAUGCAUCCGUGCCUUGAUGGGGAGGAAUGCAAAGUUCUUCCAGAUCUGAAGGGCUGGAGCUGCGCGACAGGGAACAAGAUCAAAACCACAAAGAUUUCUGCUGACAGAGACCAGCUUUGGUAACCCCAGAUGCUCCACAACAAAGCCCGGGUGAUUAUUCUUUUAUUUUUCAUUUUUACCCGACACGUGAAAAAUGAAAUCCUCCACCAUGAAUCAUUAAUGCAGCCUAGAAUUACUUCAUCGUC